AUGAAGUGGUUCGGCAAACGUAGUGUCCUACUAAGUCUAGCAGUCCUUUUCCUAGUAUUGACUUGUACCAGUGUAGCAGCACAAACAGUGACUGAUUGCGUGAAACAAUUCCCCGAAUCGGCUCGCAACACAGUCUGUGAUGUUCGACAGUAUCGUGUAACGAGAGGAAUCGAUGCAGAUCGAUACAUACACUGUGCUUUGGCUGCGCUAGGAUUUGCCGAUGAAAGUGGAUCAAUUCAGAGAAGCACCGUGCUAAGUGCGUUAGAUGCAGUGGAAAAUCAUGAUGGUGUGUUCACCGACAGUGUGGAUGCUUGCCUGUCAAAAGCAAAGAAACUCUCUGGAGCAGAACGUUCUGCAGCGUUCUUCUGCUGCAUGCUACAGACAGAGUCGGCACACAACUUCAGGGACGCAGUUGAACUCCAGGAGCUAAGAUUGGCAUCUAAAUGGCCCGAGAGUGAUCGAUUCGAUCGGACAAAAGUGCAACAGUUGAUGCGCGAAGUGAAUAAGCUGUUUAAAUGCUAAAA